AUGUCGCGUCAUCAUCCCGACUUGGUGAUGUGCCGCAAAGCCCCCGGCAUCUCGAUCGGCCGCCUUUGCGACAAGUGCGACGGCAAAUGUCCCGUCUGCGAUUCCUACGUGCGCCCCACAACUCUCGUCCGAAUCUGCGACGAAUGCUCCUUCGGCAACUACCAGAACAAAUGUAUCGUCUGCGGCGGCGAAGGAAUCUCUGACGCAUUCUACUGCUUCGAGUGCACGAGGCUGGAAAAAGACAGGGACGGGUGCCCGAAGAUCAUUAACCUGGGAUCUUCGAGGACGGAUCUGUUCUAUCAAAAGAAGAACUUCAGAAAUCAACAGUAUUAG